AAAAAAAUACUUGCUUUUUGAAAAUAAUAAUAGUCCUGUAUUAAAAUUUGUGGAAAAAAAAUUAAAUUAGGCGUAAUCAUCAAUUAAAGUUAAAACACCGUAAUUUGACCGCUUGCGGUACGUUUAGUGCUAUAGUUGUACAUAUAACCAGCGUGAUGAUUGUUCUAUAGUCAAUCUUAUUUGCAUAAAUGAAUAAAAAUUUGGAACUAAGAAUUUCACACGGAUGACUCAUACCAUUUUGAGUAUUUUAACAAUCGAAAUACAAGCCACACAAAUGUGUGCUGGCUGGCCUUUUAAAAAAAGACACUUGUACAAUCAGUCAGUUAUCGAUGUUCUUCAAAUACACACAUAUAGAGAGAGAGAACAAUUUAUACUCGUCAUACCGCCAGUACAAACCAGCCGCAUUACAGUCAGCAGUACUCCGUUGGCUAGCCGUUAGUAAACUUCGUGCAGUUAGACAAAGUGAUUAAUUGAUAAGACGAACGCCAAAGUGACCGUGAAAUAGUGAGGAAUUUAAAGGCAAAUCGUGAACGAUACCUUUUGUGAUCAGUUGCGAUCUUCUUGAAGUUUAUAGAAACGAUCUGGCUGCACAUCGAACUAACUGGAGGUCAUCGAUUGCGGAUCGCUUAGCCAGCUUAGUCAUGGCCACUAUCCCGGUUUAUUCUCCGACGGUUCCCUUCCUGGGUCUGAUACCAGGUGGGCUAAGGCCUGGUAGCAUGGUGCGCAUCAAAGGGGUCAUCAAUAAUCAUGGAGAACGGUGCCAAAUUAAUAUUCAAACUGGAGCCGCUCUCAACCCACGGGACGAUGUCCCACUUCACCUGAGCGUUCGGCCCAACGAAGGUGCCAUCGUUCGUAACACACUUCAGAACCAGGUUUGGGGAACCGAGGAGCGUUACGGAGGUUGUCCGAUACGUUACGGGCAGCAUUUCGAUGUGCUGGUGCUGGUCGAAGUGAAUCAGUACAAAAUCGCCAUCAAUGGAGUGCACUUUUGUACCUUCAAUCACCGAAUGCCGGUGCAUACGGUGCGGUAUGUGUCGAUCAGUGGCAAUUGUACCAUAAACUCCAUCACAUCGGAAACUGAUAGCGCCGGUGCUGGACCGAGCAUUGGUGGUGUUGCUCCACCGUAUCCGGGAAUUGUACCUGGUAAGUGUUGUGAAUACCGUACAUUUCAAAUCAAGAGUUGAUUGAAAUACAGAAUGCAGAUACAGAGCUCAGUUUCA